AUGUCAGAACCAGAGACUUUGAUGAGAUUCGCCAGUCCCAAUGAGCGCCGCACAAUCAGUCGCGAAGAGCUUGGGUUCUACAAUGCCCUCAUUGUCGGAGGAGUUUACGAGAUUCCGGGUGAGCAAGUAGAUCUGAAUUCGUCGGAAUCAUUCAUUGCCCCUCUGGAAGCUUGCAUAUUGAAGUACUCUUUCUUGUCCACCAUCGUCAAGAAUAAGCAUACCGAAAAGCCGGCUUAUUAUGAAGUGCCGACCAUCGAUCUCCAUGAUCAUAUCGCCAUCCUUCAACAUGACAGCCUUGAGGGUGAUGACACCUCGACUUUCGAAAGCAUUUUACCCCAGAUCCUCGAUCGUCCAUGGCCUGCUGACAUCCCCCCCUGGAGGAUUGUUAUUCUGCCUCUAGUGUCACGAGAUGGCUCUGCGGUAAAACGCUGCUUAGUUGUUUUCGCUUUCUCCCAUACCAUCGGAGACGGCAUGGUUGGAGUCGCCUUUCACCGUACGUUCCUUGAGGCAUGGCGACAAGGCGUUCGUCGCGAUGGAGAAGAGUCUUUCCUGGUCAGCCUACCUGGCCGAUCUCUUCCAGCACCCUUCGACACGCGCGAGAGACUUACCAUUUCGUGGAACUUCCUCCUUGCACCACUGAUCGCUGUCCAUCUGCCCAAAUCUCUAGCUGCGAUGCUAGGACUGCAUGCCCGUGCUAGCACGGUAGACGCUGGUACUUGGACUGGGUCGCGUAGCUUUUACGAUUCGGCGGUCACCGACCCCAGCAGAGUGAAAAUGCUCGAAAUUGAGGCCCCAUUGGUGCAGAAGAGCCUGCAGAUCUGCAGGAAGCAUGACACCAAACUUACGGGAGCUCUUCACCAGAUGAUCGUCCGGGCGUUAAGCAAGGCAAUUCCUGAUCCCAGCGUCACCAAUUUCGUGUCGGGGACGGCUGUUGAUAUGCGAAGAUCUGUCGGGUUGUCAAGUCUUUCUUGGGGCCUUUAUGUGUCUGGGCAAUAUGAUGUGCACCAGCGGGCACGUAACGUCGAGUCAUCUGCGCUACCAGAUGAGAUGUGGAUAAAUGCUAGCUUGAUAACCAAGAGCCUUGCCGAGUGCUCGACGAGGCUUCAUGAUCAAGCAAUCGGCUUGCUCAGGUAUAUUCCAAGCAUCAGGAAUUGGACCCUGGGAAAAGUUGGGGCAGAGCGAGAUUGUUCGUAUGAAGUCAGCAAUUUGCUUGCCUUUGACGAUGGGAACAGUGAGGCAGAUCAAAAGUGCAGCAUCACGAAGAUGAUUUUCUCACAACCGGCGAAUGUUCCUAGUGGUCCCUUGGUAUUUAAUUUCAUCAGUGUUAAAGGGGGAAGUUUGAUGUGCACGGUGAGCUGGCAGUCUGGAGCUUUGGGUGUGCCUGUAGAGAAAGAGAUGCCAUUCGUUGAUGACAUAUGCUCCUCGAUUCAGGCGGACUUUGAGUCCCUACAGGAGUAG